UGAGGGAUGUGAGCCGCCGCCGGAGCUGCGGACGGUUUGCCGAGCCCGUUAGCGCCGCUGGCCCAGAGUCCCGCCGCCGUCAUGUCCCGAUACCUGCGCCCCCCCAACACGUCUCUGUUCGUCAGAAACGUGGCAGACGACAGCAGGUCUGAAGAUUUACAUCGGGAAUUUGGUCGUUAUGGUCCAAUAGUAGAUGUUUAUGUUCCACUUGAUUUCUACACUCGACGUCCAAGAGGAUUUGCAUAUGUUCAAUUUGAGGAUGUUCGUGACGCUGAAGAUGCUUUACAUAAUUUGGACAGAAAAUGGAUUUGUGGGCGUCAAAUUGAAAUACAGUUCGCACAGGGGGAUCGGAAGACACCAAAUCAAAUGAAAGCCAAGGAAGGGAGGAAUGUAUACAGCUCUUCACGAUACGACGAUUAUGACCGAUAUAGACGUUCUCGAAGCCGAAGUUGUGAAAGGAGGAGAUCAAGGAGUCGCUCCUUUGAUUAUAACUAUAGGAGAUCUUACAGUCCUAGAAACAGUAGACCGACUGGAAGACCACGGCGUAGCCGAAGCCAUUCCGACAAUGAUAGAUUCAAACACCGAAAUCGAUCUUUUUCAAGAUCUAAAUCCAAUUCAAGAUCACGGUCCAAGUCCCAGCCCAAGAAAGAAAUGAAGGCUAAAUCACGUUCUAGGUCUGCAUCUCACACCAAAACUAGAGGCACCUCUAAAACAGAUUCCAAAACACAUUAUAAGUCUGGCUCAAGAUAUGAAAAGGAAUCAAGGAAAAAAGAACCACCUAGAUCCAAAUCUCAGUCAAGAUCACAGUCUAGGUCUAGGUCAAAAUCUAGAUCAAGGUCUUGGACUAGUCCCAAGUCCAGUGGCCACUGAUAGUAUAAAUCAUGAUACUUCUAGGCAUGUAUCAUUCAUUUACUCAUAGUUUGGUAUACUUAAAUUAUCAGGAAUACAAUGUUGCAAUGAUGCGUUUAAAAACAAACAAACUUAACUUGUUAGUUUUCCCUGUACUGGGCAAUGGUUAUAAUUAAAAUGAUAUGCUGUUGA